AUGAGUUUGGUUGCGUGGGAAAAUGUUAUGACACCAAAAGACCUAGGAGGGGUGGGUGUAGGAUCGCUAAAAGAUGCAAAUUUAGCAAUGCUUGCUAAGUGGUGGUGGAGGUUUAAAACGGAUCCUAAUAGUUUAUGGCGUAAGGUGAUUUGGAGCAUACACAAGAAUGAAAGAUCAUGGAAUCCGAUUCCCGGGAAGAUGUCUAUAGCUGGGCCGUGGAAACAAAUUGGGAAAUUGUCGAAGGAAUUUGGAAAAUAUGGAUUAACUUUGGCUGAGUGCUUUCGGGUCAUCCCCAGAGUGGGUGAUGCGGUUGCUUUUUGGAAAGACAAGUGGGCUGGUAAUGAAUCGUUAAAAGAUAUGUUUCCUACAUUGUUCGAGUUGGAAAGGAGUAAAAAUGUGUCGGUUGCGGAACGGGUGAAGAAUGUGGAUGGUACGUUGAUUCUGAAUUUCUCCUGGGUGAGACAGUUGACAUCGGCUGAAGAAGCGGACAAUGUUCAAAGUCUAUCCGAAGUGGUGCUUGGGACCGCUAGGGAACAAGGGCCUGACAGGUGGCUGUGGGAAAUGGAUGGAUCAGGUACGUUUUCGGUUAAAAGCAUAAAAGAUGCUCUUCAACAUGCUAGAUUCUUGGAUCUGGGCAACAAUUUUGAAUGGAAUAAUUGGGUUCCCAUAAAGAUAAAUUUCUUGGCGUGGAGGGUGUCUUUGGACCGGGCUCCAACGCUAGUUGCAUUAGCUCAUAGAAACGUUCAUGUCGGCCAAUUGGGUUGUAGGUUGUGUGAGCAAUAUGACGAAGACUCGGAUCAUUUGUUUGUGGGCUGUGAGGUAGCACAGUUUAUUUGGGAUUCCAUAUCUAUUUGGUGCAGAAUUUCGAACAUAUAUGCAUUUACAGUGAAGGAUCUAUUGGGUUGGUAUAAAAAUGUUCAAGAAAAUAAUGCAUGGAGGAAACUAAUAUAUGCCAUUAUGCAAGUGGCAGUUUGGGUGAUUUGGCGAAGCAGAAACGAGGUAACUUUCAACGGCAAACAAGUAAACAGGGAGCAAAUGGUAAAUGAGAUCAAACAUUUAAGUUAUUUAUGGGUUGGUUGUAGAUCGCGUUUAAAGGAAGUAUCAUGGGAAGAGUGGUGCAAUUUUGAUAUGUCGAGUAAAUGUUUGUAG